UGCCAUCUGAACUGCCAGCUCCCAUCCGCCCCAGCCGUACCAGUCACCAUGAAGGUCCUUGUUGUUCUGCUUGUAACCCUUGUUGCCGUGGCCUAUGCAGCUCCUGGACCCCGGGGUCUUUUUAUCAACCUGGAGGACGGUGAGAUCUGCGUAAACAGUAUGCAGUGUAAGAGCAAAUGCUGCCAACAUGACACCAUCCUGGGCGUCGCCCGGUGCACACACAAGGCCAUGGAGAACAGCGAGUGCUCCCCAAAGACCCUCUAUGGGAUCUACUACAGGUGUCCCUGUGAGCGGGGCCUGACCUGUGAGGGGGACAGGAGCAUCAUCGGCGCCAUCACCAACACCAACUACGGCGUCUGCCUCGACUCCACCCGCUCCAAGCAGUGAGAUCGUGCAGUGAGCUGGGCCACCUCUCCCUUUCUCUUCACUCGCCCCAUCUGAGUCACCCGUUGGCAAUUAAAGCCCACUUGCAACCUUG